UGAAGUGGCGCGUGUUAGUUGAAAUAGAAAACGUGAUUACCAUGGAUGUUGUCAACGCAAUUCUCCAGGAAGAUAAUGAGGAUAAGAGUCGUUCGACUAAAGUGGAUAAAUUAAUUGAACUUGAUAUCGAUGAGGGAACACUUCUUGCAUCGGAUUACAAUGCAUUUGAUAAUGAACAACUCAGAUCGAAUAAAGAAGAGUUCUUCAAAGCCUUGACGCGAGACAACGUUCAGCUCCUCCUGAACAAAAUAUGGGUACUUCCAACUGAGAGAGUGGAUGAAGCGAUUGUUGCUAAACUCCCCAAGUCCACGUACAUUGUUCCAAGGGCAAGGGUCGUGCCAAAACCAAAGCCACUAACGAAAUGGCAACAGUUUGCUAAAGAAAAGGGUAUUAGGUCGAAGAAGAAGGGCAAAUCCAAACUCAAAUGGGACGAAGAGCUCAACAAAUGGAUUCCAACAUUUGGAUACAAACGAGCGGCGGCUCAGGAGCAAAAAGACUGGUUGGUGGAGGUUGGACCUGACAAUACACCAAAAGCAGACCCCAGAGAGACUACUAGUAAUGCCAAACAGGAAAGAGUGGCUAAGAAUGAGCUCCAAAGGCUUAGGAAUCUUGCAAAAGCCAAAAAUGUUAAAAUCCCCAGAGUUGGACUUCCAACCAAUGAGCAAUUUUCAUCUGCCAAACAUCUGGCAACAGCAACCACAGUUGCCAGAGUUUCCACAGCAUCUGUAGGAAAAUUCCAGGAUAAAUUACCGAAGGAGAAGGAUUCGAAGGAUAAAGUUGCUAAAGAAGUCCCUGGGAUGAGGAAGAAAAGGAAGGCACCACCACUGAACAUUGCUGAAGAGAAAAGACGUAAUACAGAUUUAGUCAGUGAAAUUGUCAACAGAAAGAAAUCUAAAGACCUUCUGAGGGUGGAUAUUCCAACCGUUCCUGCUGCGAUAUCAAGGGCAGAGAGGAAAUCGAAAAAAGGCGGCAAAAAAUCUGUUGGAAGCAAAAAACCGAAAGCUGGAAAGGGCAAACGCGAUCUUCACACUAAAGUUGGUGGUAGAAAACGUAGAGGAUAAAUUCAUCUUUGUCAGUAUAAUUUUAUUUUUAUUGAUUUAAAACAUUGAAUAAUCCUGGAUAAUUGAUGACAGAUUUCAUCUUUUAUUAUUGUUAACUAUUCAGAGUAAACAAUUAUAAACCAGAAAA